CUGCUCCUUAUCACAGGGCGCUGCCAUAUUGGACGGUCAAUGGUACAGUCAGUGGGCACCAUGGCGCUGGCCAGGGUCGGUACAUGUUGUCGGUCGUUAGUGCGUGAUUCCUCCAAAGUGGCGUUUUGUGGUGUUUUACAGCCAGGUUGGAUUGAAUGCUGCAUAGGAGCUAAGAGGCAUCUGUUGUCAGAAGACGUUAUCAAACUACAAGACUUUCAGCAAAGGAAGCUGACUGUGGCUCAUCUUGUCAAUGGAUCGAAAGGAAAUUAUAUUGAGCUAUUCAGCCAGAAGCUACAAAGGAACGAGCUGAUUCUGAGAGAUGAACUGAAGCUUCUCCUUCACUUGUGCCAGUCUUCCGAUGACAUGGUGAUAGCAAGAGAUGCCAUUUAUAGGUAUCAUGCAGAGAACAGGAACUUGGUGUAUGGAGAGUUCAAAUUUGGUCCUCUCUUUGUGAGACUGUGCUAUGAGCUGGGUCUGGAGAGCUUGGCUGCUGCUACACUGACAGAUAAGAGCAUGAGGGGAUUUUUUAACGACUCAACCUCCUUUAACAUCACCAUAGACAUGUUAUUCACUAAAGGCUCUUAUGAAAAUGCCUUGGAGGUACUCCGAACCAUGAGGGACCAAGGUAUACCGUUCAACAAAGACACAUUGACUCUGGCAGCUGGCACCUGCUAUAAACUGAACACGGCGGAGUCCUACAAGAUCUGCAAUACUCUGAUAGAGGAGGGACAGACCAAAGGGAACUCCAUCCCCAGACAUGCUUACUGCUUUGCUGUAGCAUUAGCACUUAGACAUAAUGACAUAGAAAAGGCACAGUUGUUGUAUUCACAAAUAAUGACCACUGACAGCAGGAUAUGCCAAAAUCUGAAGGUCCUAAUACUAGUAAUGUCAGGAGCGUUGACAGAUGCGAUUUCCGUCGUUUCUGCAGCCAUGUUGCAUAAAAGCCCUUAUUUUGUGAAGAAGCCAGAAUUUGCAAAGGAGGUGGUGGAUUUGCUGCGCAUGAGGAGUGAGGGCGGACCACACAUGAUGAAAGUGGAGCAGAUGGUGACUCAUCUUGAGGGAGCCGAUCAGGUGACCCAGCAGACCCUCGAUGCCAUGCUCUGCCACACACCCACGGGGAAGAGGAAACCAGUUCUGAUAAUGCAGGAGAGGAAAACCAGCCGAAGGACUCUGAAGUCACUGCAGUCCACUCUGCUGUCAGAGUGAGAGAAGCUGUGUGUCGUUCCAAAGCCUGCUAUUGCUAAGAGCUCUGGUAUGAGCCUUAAAAAAAACACUGACUGGUUAGAGUGGACUUUGUCCCUAUAAGUGCAUCUACCUCUCUUUAAACACAGACUCAGUCCUCCCUCUGCAGAUUGGACUUGUUGUUAUUAUGCUGUUAUUUUGUCAUCCCUAUCCAAAGUUUGAUGAGAACGGUCACAACAGGCACUUUAACAGAAAGCUGCUGUGGGUAUGGAUUUCGUUGCAAAGACACUCAUACUGAUAAUGAGUGAUUUGGAAAGAAUGUGUUGUAUAUAAAAGUGUGAAUGGGUAAUUAAAGAUUAA